UGCAUUGAGAAAAAAGAACCUGAGCUGCAAUAAGUCCUGACACCAGAUGAGGCAUUCCAAAAGAACUCACUGCCCUGACUGGGAUAACAGAGAAAGCUGGGGACAUGAAAGCUACAGUGGAAGUCACAAAAGGAAGAGGAGAUCCCACAGUAGUACACAAGAGAACAGACAUUGUAAACCACAUCACCAGCUUAAAGAAUCUUAUUGUCAUUAUUUAGGAGCAAGGUUCUUGAAUGAGAGAUAUUAUCGGGACCCGAGAUACAUGGAUGAAUACAGAAAUGACUACUGCAAAAGAUAUGUUCCUAGACGUUAUCACAGAGACAUUGAAAGCAGUUAUCGAAUCCACUGCAGUAAAUCUUCAGUCCGAAGCUGGAGAAGCAGUCCUAAAAGGAAGUGUAAUAGACACUGUUCAAGUAAUCAGUCACGUUCGAAGAGCCACCAAAGGAAAAGAUCCAGGAGUAUAGAAGAUGAUGAAGAGGGUCACCUUAUCUGUCAAAGUGGAGACGUUCUAAAAGCAAGAUAUGAAAUCGUGAACACUUUGGGAGAAGGGGCCUUUGGCAGAGUUGUAGAGUGCAUUGAUCAUGGCAUGGGUGGCAUACAUGUAGCAGUGAAAAUCAUAAAAAGUGUGGGACAAUAUCGUGAAGCAGCUCAUUCAGAAAUCGAAGUAUUAGAGCAUUUAAAUAGUACUGAUCCCAAUAAUGUCUUCCGAUGUGUCCCGAUGCUAGAAUGGUUUGAUCAUCAUGGUCAUAUUUGUAUUGUGUUCGAACUCCUGGGACUUAGUACCUAUGAUUUCAUUAAAGAAAAUAGCUUUCUGCCCUUUCAAAUUGACCAUAUCAGGCAAAUGGCAUAUCAGAUCUGUCAGUCAAUAAAUUUUUUGCAUCAUAAUAAAUUAACCCAUACAGAUCUGAAGCCUGAAAAUAUUUUAUUUGUGGAGUCUGACUAUGUAGUCAAGUAUAAUUCAAAAAUGAAACGUGAUGAACGCACACUGAAAAACACAGCUAUCAAAAUUGUUGACUUAGGAAGUGCAACAUACGAUGAUGAACAUCAUAACACUUUGGUAUCUACACGGCAUUACAGAGCUCCAGAGGUCAUUUUGGCUUUAGGUUGGUCUCAGCCAUGUGAUGUUUGGAGCAUAGGUUGCAUUCUUAUUGAAUAUUACCUUGGUUUCACAGUCUUUCAGACUCAUCAUAGUAAAGAACACCUGGCAAUGAUGGAACGUAUAUUAGGACCCAUACCAACAGACAUGAUUCAGAAAACAAGGAAACAGAAGUAUUUUCAUCAUAAUCAGCUGGAUUGGGAGGAACAUAGUUCUGCUGGUAGAUAUGUUACGAGACGCUACAAACCAUUAAAGACCUCUUGGGAUCGCAGCUGGAACUCGGGCUGCAGAGUCGCAGAGGUGCAUGCGCGGGAGUGGGUGCAGCCCGGCGUCCAGGUGAGGGCGGAGGUGCGUGCUGCGCGCGGGGUCAGCCAGAGGAACCUGCCCAAAGUGGCCGCUGUGGAGGAGUUGGCGGCAGGGAAGGGGGCGUGCGCCGCGGGCUGCUGCUGCCCGGAGGCCAAGCCCCGUGCCGGGCCGACCUCGUGCCUCGGGCUCUCCAGCACGCUCAGCCAGCGACCCCGGCUCUGUGCACCGUCCUCUCUGAGAGUCAACCCGCGAUGA